AUGAAUGUCAGGGCCCCAACUUCGUUUGAUUGUUUAAGAACUGUCAAUGGUCAAAUCACUUCAUCUUUUCGUGAUGCUGCUGAGAAACUAGGAUUACUUGCAGGAGAUUUCAUUGUUGAAGCAUCGUUGAAUGAAGCAAUAUUAUUCCAAAUGCCUUCAAGUUUGCAGACUUUUUUUGCAACGCUUCUCAUCUUUUGUGAUAUUUCCAAUCCUAUUUCAUUAUGGAUGAAAUACAAAACACACAUGUGUCAAGACUUAUUAAGGACAGGCUUGCACACCAAUGCUGAGGCUGAAUCAUUAGUCUUAAAGAUGAUUGCUAAUAUAGUACAAGAAAUGGGUAAGAAAACGAAAGACUUCUGCCUAUUUGAUCUAUUGGAAUCUUAUGAUUUCCCAGGACGUGUUACUAAUGAGAUUUUACAUGAAAAGAACCUUCCAGUUUCUGAGGCAGAUCUUUUAGCUAUUCACAAACUUAAUGCUUGCCAGCGAGCAGCUUUCAAAACUAUAACAGAUGCUGUUUUAGGUAAUAAACCUAGUGCAUUUUUUGUUGAUGGCCCUGGUGGUACAGGAAAAACAUUCUUAUAUCGCUGUUUACUAGCAUUUGUACGUUCUAAAGGUUUGAUUGCCCUUGCAACUGCAGCUUCUGGCAUAGCUGCAUCUAUACUACUUGGCGGUCGCACAGCACAUUCUCGCUUCAAGCUCCCACUUGAUGGCACUGAUAAGUAUGUAUGUAAUAUAGGUAAACAUACUGCUGAUGCGAGUUUACUUCGCCAUAGUAAAUUGAUUCUUUGGGAUGAAGCAUCCAUGGCACAUAGGAAUAUAGUUGAGAGCCUUGAUAUAACACUUAAAGAUAUAAUGGAUUGUCAAGAUUUAUUUGGGGGAAAAGUCAUUGUAUUUGGAGGAGAUUUUAGGCAGACAUUACCAGUUGUAAGACAUGGAAAGAAGGAAGAUUUCAUUGCAGCAUCUUUGGUUAAGUCAACUUCUAUAUGGCCGCACAUUUGUCGUUUGACUUUAGUUGAGAACAUGCGUGCACAGGCUGAUCCUACAUUUGCAAGUUACUUGAUGAAGAUAGGUAAUGGCAUAGAACCUGCUAUUUACCAAAACAAAAUAAAAGUGCCUUCUCAAUUUCUUGUACAAAAAUGUGGAUCAAAGUCUUCGUUAUAUGCAUUGUUUGAUGCUGUAUACCCUGAUUUACAUUGUUUCUUCAAUGACCCAUAUCCACUGAUGGACAGAGCAAUUUUGACAACGAAGAAUGAAUUUGUUGAUGAGAUUAAUAUGCUUUUGCUGGAAAAGUUCCCUGGUGAAAAUAAAAGUUACAUCAGUUAUGAUGAGCCACUUGAUUCAAAGUACUUGCAUUGCCAAGAUUAUUUACAUACUUUAUGCCCUCCUGGCUUGCCUCCUCAUACUUUAAGCUUGAAAAAAAAUAGUCCUGUAAUCUUAUUAAGGAAUCUAAAUCCAUGUGAAGGCUUAUGCAAUGGUACACGCCUAAUAUGUGAUAUGUUUGGGGAUCAUACCAUAAGUUGCAUUAUCGCAGUGGGGGAAUACAAGGGUAAGCAUGUAUUGAUACCUAGAAUACCACUUCAACCAUCAAAGGAUGAAAACUGUCCAAUACCAUUCAAAAGAUGCCAAUUCCCCGUAAAAAGUUGUUUUGCAAUGACAAUAAAUAAAGCACAAGGCCAAACUCUAGAUUUUGUUGGCCUUUACUUGAAGGAACCUGUUUUUAGCCAUGGUCAACUAUAUGUCGCGAUGUCUCGUGCAAAGACUGCAGCUUCUUUGAAAAUCAUAAUAUGCAACGAUUUUGAUGAAUCGACAUGCACAAAUCUUACAGAAAAUGUUGUUUACGAUGAAAUCAUCAAGUACAUAUUAUGA